AUGCAGCGCUGUUACGAACAGGCCAUGCCUCCUCUAGAGUAUGCAGCGCUGUUACUCACAGGCCAUGCCUCCUCUAGAAGGAGCCUGACUGCCAGCCCCUUCUCUGAGCUGCUCAGCCUGAAGGAGCACCACGGGGAGGUGUCCCUGUCUCCAGACGAGACACACAUGCUGUGGGUCAUGGGACCGGUGCUCUCGGUCAUCCUCAUCAUUCUAACUGUGAUCGCCAUCUUGGUCUUUAAAAGAGGCCGCCCGGAGACCACAGCCCGCCGCCCGGACCGCCGCCCGGACCGCCGCCCGGACCGCCGCCCGGACCGCCGCCCCCGGACCGCCGCCCGGACCGCCGCCCGGCCCGCCGCCCGCCCGCCCCGACCACGGCCCGCCGCCCGGACCGCCGCCCGGCCCGCCGCCCGGACCACGGCCCGCCGCCCGGACCACGGCCCGCCGCCCGGACCACGGCCCGCCGCCCGGACCACGGCCCGCCGCCCGGACCACGGCCCGCCGCCCGGACCACGGCCCGCCGCCCGGACCACGGCCCGCCGCCCGGACCACAGCCCGCCGCCCGGACCACAGCCCACCGCCCUCCUCCACUCUGUGACAUCAGCUCACACAGACUUUGUGGACACACAGCGUGGGGUUCGACGGAUUUCAGAGGCAGAUUCCCGUGAAAAAAAUGUCUAA